GGACAUCCCCCUUCCCUCACUUCCUCGAGGACCGAGGCCCAGACAGCCAGAGGGCGCGGGCGAGAGGCGGCAGGUGUCCUCCAGGUCAAAUCUUGGAGGAUGCUACGUGCUCUGUGGACCUUCUGGAUCUUGGUGGCCGUGACAGGCCUCUCCAGGGAGGGCUGUUCUGCUCAGGCACCUCUGUCAUGUGAUGCUGCUGGUGUGUGUGAUGGCCACUCCAAGUCUUUCACCUCCAUUCCCUCAGGACUCACAGCAGCCAUGAGGAGCCUUGACCUGUCUCACAACAAGAUCACUUCCAUUGGCCAUGAUGACCUGCGGGGGUGUGUGAACCUCCAGGUUCUGAUGCUGCAGUCCAGUGGAAUCAACACAAUAGCGGAAGGUGCCUUUUCUUCCCUGAGUCGUCUUGAACAUUUGGACUUGUCUGAUAACCACUUAUCCAGCUUAUCUUCCUCCUGGUUCAGGCCCCUGUCCUCUUUGAGAUACUUAAACUUACUGGGAAAUCCUUACAGGAUACUGGGGGAAACGUCACUCUUUUCCAGCCUCACAAAUUUACAAACCCUCAGGGUAGGAAAUGUUGCCACCUUUAGCGGGAUUAGCAGAAUAGAUUUUGCUGGACUGAAUUCUCUGGACGAACUUGAAAUCCAAGUGCCAAGUCUCCAGAAUUAUGAGCCCCAAAGUCUGAAGUCGAUUCAAAACAUCCGCCACCUGACCCUUCACCUGAGCCAGCCUGCUUUCCUGCUGAGGAUUUUUGCAGAUAUUCUGAGUUCUGUACGAUAUUUAGAAGUGAGGGAUGCUAGCUUGGCCAGCUUCCACUUUUCAGAGCUGUCCACGGAUGAAAUAAAUUCACCGAUGAAAAAGCUAGCAUUCCGAAGUGCAGAUAUCACUGACGCAAGUUUUAAUGAACUUCUGAAGCUGUUGCAGUAUGUCCCGGAACUGUCGGAGGUUGAAUUUGAUGACUGCACCCUCAAUGGAGUGGGCGAUUUUAAGCCAUCUGAGUCAGACAUCGUGAGAGAGCUAGGCAAAGUAGAAACACUAACGAUACGGAGGUUGCACAUCCCCAAAUUCUAUUCAUUUUAUGAUCUGAGUAGCGUAUAUCCCCUCCUGGAGAAAGUUAAGCGAAUCACAGUAGAGAACAGCAAGGUCUUUCUGGUCCCUUGCCUGUUUUCACGGCACUUAAAAUCAUUAGAAUUCUUGGACCUCAGUGAAAAUUUGAUGGUUGAAGAAUAUUUGAGAAACUCAGCCUGUGAGAGCGCCUGGCCUUCUCUACAAACUUUAAUUUUGAGACAGAAUCAUUUGAGGUCAAUAGAAAAGACUGGAAAGAUUUUACUGACUCUGAAAAACCUGACUGCCCUUGACAUCAGCAGGAACAGCCUUCAUCCUAUGCCUGACACCUGUCAGUGGCCAGAAAAGAUGCGCUUCCUGAACUUGUCCAGUACAGGGAUACAGGCUGUAAAAACGUGCAUCCCUCGGACGCUGGAGGUGUUGGAUGUUAGUAACAACAACCUCAAUUCGUUUUCUUUGUCUUUGCCUCGGCUUCAAGAGCUCUAUAUUUCCAGAAACAAGCUGAAGACUCUCCCGGACGCCUCCUUGUUCCCCGUGUUACUGGUCAUGAAGAUCAGAGAGAAUGCCAUAAGUGCUUUCUCAAAAGACCAGCUUGGUUCUUUCCCCAAACUGGAGACUCUGGAAGCAGGUGGCAACCACUUCAUCUGCUCCUGUGAACUCUUGUCCUUCACAAUGGAGCAGUCGGCCCCGCUCCAGGUCCUGGCUGACUGGCCAGACAGUUACCUGUGUGACUCUCCGCCCCGCCUGCGUGGCCAGAGGGUCCGCGACGCCCGGCCCUCAGUCUUGGAGUGCCACCAGGCUCUACUAGUGUCUGGCGUCUGCUGUGCCCUUCUCCUGUUGAUCCUGCUCAUAGUCGGCCUGUGCCACCAUUUCCACGGGCUGUGGUACCUGAGAAUGAUGUGGGCGUGGCUCCAGGCCAAGAGGAAGCCCAAGAAAGCUCCAUGCAGGGACAUUUGCUAUGAUGCCUUCGUUUCCUACAGCCAACAGGAUUCCCACUGGGUGGAGAACCUCAUGGUCCGGCAGCUGGAGAACGCCGACCCGCGCUUCAAGCUCUGCCUCCAUAAGCGGGACUUCGUGCCUGGCAAGUGGAUCAUUGACAACAUCAUCGACUCCAUUGAAAGGAGCCGCAAGACCGUGUUUGUGCUUUCCGAGAACUUCGUGCGUAGCGAGUGGUGCAAGUACGAACUGGACUUCUCCCACUUCAGGCUCUUUGACGAGAACAACGACUCGGGCAUCCUUGUUCUGCUGGAGCCCAUUGAGAAGAAAGCCAUUCCCCAGCGCUUCUGCAAGCUUCGAAAGAUAAUGAACACCAAGACCUACCUGGAGUGGCCCCGGGAUGAAGCCCAGCAGGAUGUGUUUUGGGUAAAUCUGAGAACUGCAAUCAAGUCCUAGAUUCUCCACCCAGUUCCUGUCCUGCACUAACCAUGGGUCUUUGUGACAUGAACUGUAACGAAGUUUAUUCUGACAUAAUUAUUUAAGUACCAUAGAAUUGUACCCUUGAGGAUUUAAGUAUGACUAAUAACUGUGAGCUUUAUCUUGAACGCUGUUAUAUAAAUAUUUUAUAUUAGGAUAAUUUUUUUUUGUUUUCGUUAUUUUAUAGAUAGCCAAGAUCUCUCUCCAGUACUAAUAUCUGAAUAACCCGUUCCCUUAGCACAUCUGGAAAUGGCACACGUAGACUGGAGAUUUAAUAUUUGCAUUGGGUCAGUGUGCUUUUUGUACAGAAGCACAGGGGGUGGGUAGGGAGGAUUUUCCAAUCUAUUCACAUGCCAUCCCUCUGUGUAACAUCUCAAGAGCAAGCAAUUUUGUUUCUAUUCCUAGAGAGAGGGUUCUGUCCCCUCAUCGGACCUCUCAGUAUACAUGACACGGGCUGCAUUUUCAUGUAAACUGGGUUUGUCUUUCUGAGUAUUUGAUCAGUUUCUCUAGACAUAAUUCUUUGAAAUAAUGUAUGCAGCACAAGAUACAGUAAAUCCUCUUUUGCCAUGAGAGCAUAACUAGUGAGUAUAAAUAAAAUAUUGAUUUGGAAGGAGCUGAAGAAAGUCUCCCAUGUUCUGGUGCAGAACUGGAUUUCAGCUGUCCAUUCCCAGUGUCUGCUUACUCUGGCUCCUGCCCUCCCCCACCUCCGGACAAUCUGUUGCUUUUUCUCCGGUGAAAAGUCUUGUUUCUAAUUCUAUAAAGCUUUUCUUUUUUUUUUUGUCUGAAAAAAAAAAUACAUGUGAACAUAAUAUUUUUAAAAUAAUUAUAUACCUAGAGGUUUCUUACGAUUAUUACAAGAUGCAGUAAUCUGAAGACAAAUAACACUGCUGUUAAUGCUUUUAAGUAAAAUUUGAGAGUGCAUCAAUUUUAAUGGGCUAUUUGUUAAGAGUUCUUCACUGAUUCUCAGCAAUAUUUAUCUUGUGUUGGGAACCACUUUCAAAAAGGGAUUGAACUUCCUUUGACCUGUGUUAAAUUCCUGGCCAGAGCUAGGUUUGUGUUGUUAAUUGGGUUUUGGAGUCAGAGACAUUUGGGUUAACUAUGCAAUCUUGGGCAAGUCACUUGACCUAACUCAAGAUAUUUUCCUGUCUUCAAAAUGGGCAGUCCAAAGAAUUUCUAUUCUGAAAAUGGCCAUCCUACCAAAAGUGGUCCACAGAUUCAGUGUGACAUCAAUGAAAGUUUAUAUGACAUUCUUCACAAAAACAGAAAAAAAAAACCCCCUUGAAAUUCAUAGGAAAGCACAAAAGACCCCACUUGGCCAAAGCAACCCUAAGUAAAAAGAAUACUGCUAGAAGAAUCACUACACUUGAUUUCGAAUUAUAUUAGAGAACCAUAGUCAUAUAAUAGCAUGAUACCAGCAUCAAGACAGAUAUGCCAAGCAAUGGAAUAAAGUAGAGGUUCCAGAUAUAAUACACACUGAAGAAAAGACUAAAUCUUCAGCAGAAGAUGCUAGGAAAACUGGGAAUCUACACAUAGAAGAAUAUAACUACACUUUAUUGUUCACUCUGCACAAAAAUCAACUCCAAAUGGACCAAGGACCUCAAUAUGAGAAACUAUGAAACUGAUAGAGGAAAAGGUACCAGGAAGUGGGUUCUUUGCAAUGGUUUUUCUACCAUGCACUGUUUAGGCCAUGGAAACUGGUUUAUAGGAGAAAUGCUGAAGCAUUGGUAACUGCAGGUGUGACAAGUCCUUGAAUGCUACACUCAGAGAUUACUGGCCGUCCACUAGGAGUUUGGAAGACCAGAAUGCAAUAGAAAUGCAGACAGGAAAGAGCAGCCCGUGAGGUUUCAUGGGAAGAAGGAUUCACCAGGAAUGGGGAGAGGUACCACUCAUGUUACAGUCCAGCAAAGAAUUGGUCUAGAGUCUGCCUCUGUUACGAAAGUUUGAGUAGCUGAAUUCAGAAGGAAUGGGUUAAUUUAUUUGGUGGGAGAAAUACCAAGACAGUGUAACCUAGAGGCUGGGAAAUGGUUUUUGCUUGCUGGUGUUAGCGCCACAUUUAUAGGGAGGAAGAGAAGGAAAAAGUAGAGCAGAUUUGAAAACUCUGUAAUGUGGCGAGGGAAAGAAUGUGAACAUGUUUCCAGCUGUGAACAAAGCAAGUGCUAUAGGAAAGAAAAUGGCAGCUGCUAACGGGAUUAGUACAAUAAAGAGGAAACCAUACACCCUGAACUGGUCAAAUAAGAAAUGUAACUCGAGGGCAAGAUUCCAUCCAUUGAAGGCAUCCAUUGAUGUAGAAAUGAAGGACUUGUACUGAGAGCUCAUCUGGAGGGCUACUGAGAAACAGCAGCCUAAGGAGGUUCAGCCAUGGAGGCUGCAGUAGUCAUAGUCCAAGGGGGGUUGGAUUAUGCUAAGCUGGCGGCAGGACUUGGGAUCAUCUGUACGGUGCUUGUUUUGUAGGCAUGUGGGAUACAAGAGUAGUUGGUGAUCAAAGCUUUCACCAGGUUUCCAGAAACAAACACAAAGAAACCAAACAAUAAAAACCCAAACAAACAGA